AUGACGUCUUCGGAACUCCUGCUACUGCAAGCUGUCGAGGACAUGACGAGGGAAAUCUGCCGUGUUACUACGAAAAUGUGGGCUGUGGGUGUCAUGAGCGGGCUCGACACCCUUUUCCCCAUUGUCCUGAAUGGGGAGCUUCAUGUCACUCAAAUAAUGAAUGACUGGAGACAAGACAUCCAGAAGCUGAUGUCUUGGUUAGACUGGAGUGUAUGGAUUAAAUGUCGACCUGCUUGCGGUCCAGAGGAAUUGUGCUAUCUUUCUGCUUGGCCCGUCAAUGCCCCAAGGCCAGAGCGUUUCGCUGACUGGGUCGGGCCUCCCGAAUACCCUUCGAUGCCAGCAGAGGAUUGGGGUUUGCCCCAACCAAGUGCCUUGGGUCAGCAGGCCCUAGCAUUACAUGACCAGUUUCCGAUCAACACUACUGGAGAAACUGGCGCUCGACCUUUGGAUAUCAUCAACUCGAACUCUGGUCAUCAAAACAGUAUCAGCUCCAACGAGCGAUGGAGUUUUGACGAAUAUCCCCCCAAGAAUGUAACAGGGAACUUGAUCUUCAACACUGUCCAUUCAUUACUGCAGCACUGGCCAAAUACACGACAUCGUAAUGGUCACAAUAUAGUACCAGGAGUGAUUCCAAUCGGGACUUUACUCUAUCACGGCACUAAUGGCUCGCACAUAAUACCCAGUGAGCCUGAGUGGACCGCUACAGACCCGGAGCAUGCUAUUUUCUUUUCUCAUGGAAAUGGAACUGGCUGGCUCCUCACACUGGCAGCAACGCGACCUCUCAAAGUAUUAUACUUUGAUGGAAGCAGUGCUGUUAAGAUAUUAGAGGGUACUAUGGAUAUACAGGACAUUAUAGCCUGGGGAGAACCGCGACCCGAGCGAUUCUUCGAUGAAAGGGAGCGGAUUGAUGCUCUCUGUACAUGGGGAAAGGAGUUCGGAAUCGACGGUUUCGCAAGUGAAGUCAUGUUGUGUGAUUUCACAGCCGGCGUCGAGGUAGUGUCUUUCGUACAUCUCACCUUACCAAGGGACGACCAGUCAUUCCCUUUCUCUACUUCGCUCGAUCCCAACACUUUGAUUCGCACGUUCGAGGGCUUGCACUCUGGCUUAUGGCACAAUCGCUACCCAGGAGAUUCUCGCAUUGUGCUGGACCUGACUGGUCUUAUCUCAUUGUAUGAUACUGCACUGGCACCAUCCCUCAUCUCGGUUCGCGCGGGUCUUGAACGGCCCAACCACCGGGUGCUCGGAAUAUCAUCAGAUGACAUAUCGCAGGCAGCGGGCAUUGACUGGAAGACGCUUAUUCACGUCAUCGUCGAUCGAUACGCGGAUCGACUCGAGCUGACGCAGUAUCUCCUCAACAUUAGCUCAUCAGACCCACAAGAACUCCUUGAGCGAGCGAAGCUCGCGCAAACCCAGUUCCGUGUUAUGCUCACGCCAUAUCUAUUACAUUCCAUCGCCAUCCCAAGCGCAGGCACUUCAGGCAUAUAUUCAUCGCAGUGGGCGUCCCCGAUAUUUAGUCUAUGUGCCAGAACACACACUUCCCAGAUUACUAACCUCAAACCCAUAAUGACGUCUUCGGAACUCCUGCUACUGAAAGCAGUUGAGGACACAACGAAGGAGGUCUGCCGUGUCACUACAAAAAUGUGGGCUGUAGGCGUCAUGAGCGGGCUCGACACUCUUUUCCCCGUCGAACUGAAUGGCGAACUUGAUGUCACUCAAAUAAUGGAUGACUGGAGACAAGACAUCCAGAAGCUGAUGUCUUGGUUAGACUGGAGUGUAUGGAUCAAAUGUCGACCUGCCUGUGGUCCAGAGGAAAUAUGCUUUCUCUCUGCUUGGCCCAUCAAUGCCCCAAGGCCAGAGGGUCCGCUUCUGUCUCCACGGAACUCACAAAAUCUCAUGAAUUCCCCGGAAGCGCACUACGUCACUGACCGAGUCAGACAACCCAGAUACCCUAAGGUGCCGGCGGAGGAUUGGGGCUUGCCCCAACCGAGGUGCAUUAGGCGCCUCCAGCCAUAUGAGUUUAAUUAA